AUGACUGUCUCGCCGGGCAACCUGAAUAUGGUGGAAAAGCCCCGGAACUUCUCGGCGGACGACUGCUUCCACUCUCGGAGCACCGUCCUGCAGGGGCAGCCCUUUGGGGGUAUCCCCACUGUGCUGUUCCUCAACGUUAUCUUGUGGGUGGUCAUCGUCUUGGUAUACUCCUUCCUCCGGAAAGCCGCGUGGGACUACGGACGCCUGGCUCUGCUGAUACACAACGACAGCCUGACCUCGCUGAUCUAUGGGGAGCAGAGCGAGAAGACGUCUCCCUCGGAUAUUUCCCUGGAGAUGGAACACAGGGAUAAGGGCUUCUAUUCCUGGUUUUUCAACACCAUCACCAUGAAGAACGAAGAUCUGAUUAGCAAGUGUGGAGACGAUGCCCGUAUCUACAUCAUGUUCCAGUAUCAUCUCAUCGUCUUUGUGCUUAUCCUCUGCAUCCCCUCCUUGGGCAUCAUUUUGCCCAUCAACUACACUGGAAAUGUUCUGGACUGGAAUAGUCACUUUGGUCGGACCACCAUUGUCAAUGUCUCCACAGAGAGUAAGUUCCUGUGGCUGCACAGCUUCUUCGCUUUCUUAUACUUUGUCACCAACUUCCUCUUCAUGACUCAUCACUGCUUAGGGUUUGUGCCCAAGAAGAGCUACAAGGUCACAAGGACACUAAUGAUCACCUAUGUCCCCACGGACAUCCAAGACCCAGAAAUCAUCAUUAAGCAUUUUCAUGAGGCCUAUCCAGGGUGCGUAGUGACCAGAGUCCACUUCUGCUACGACGUCAGGACCCUGAUUGACUUGGACGAUCAGAGGCGCCAUGCAAUGCGGGGCCGGCUCUAUUACACUGCCAAGGCCAAGAAGAAGGGGAAGGUGAUGAUCAAGAUCCACCCCUGCUCCCGGCUGUGCUUCUGCAAGUGCUGGGUCUGCUUCAAAGAGGUAGACGCAGAGCAAUAUUAUAGUGAGCUGGAGGAGCAGCUGACUGAUGAGUUCAACGCUGAGCUCAACCGCGUUCGGCUGAAGCGUCUGGACCUGAUCUUUGUCACCUUCCAGGACUCCAGGAUGACAAAGCACAUCCUGGAGGAUUACAAGUUCAUCCAGUGCGGUGUGUCGGCCCAACAGUCCUCGGUGACCACCAUCGUCAAAUCCGACCACUGGAGGGUUGUCCUUGCCCCACACCCCAAAGACAUUAUUUGGAAACACCUGUCUGUCCGCCGCUUCCAUUGGUGGGCCCGCUUCAUCGCAAUCAACACCUUCCUCUUCUUCCUCUUCUUCUUCCUCACCACGCCUGCCAUCAUCAUCAACACCAUCGACAUGUACAACGUCACCCGCCCCAUCGAGAAGCUGAAGAGCCCCAUCGUGACCCAGUUCUUCCCCUCCCUGUUGCUCUGGGCCUUUACGGUGAUAAUGCCCCUGAUCGUCUACCUCUCCGCCUUCCUUGAAGCCCACUGGACCAGAUCAACUCAGAAUCUGAUCAUAGUGCACAAGUGCUACAUCUUUCUGGUGUUUAUGGUGGUCAUUCUGCCCUCUAUGGGACUGACCAGUUUGGAUGUCUUUUUACGCUGGCUCUUUGACAUCUACUAUCUGGAACAAGCAUCCAUCAGGUUCCAGUGUGUGUUCCUGCCAGACAAUGGCGCCUUCUUUGUCAACUACGUGAUCACGUCAGCUUUGAUUGGCACAGGCAUGGAGCUGUUGCGCCUGGGGUCACUCUUUCUGUACACCACCCGCCUCUUCUUCUCCAGGUCGGAGCCAGAGAGAGUCCACAUCAGAAUGAACCAGGCCAUGGACUUCCAGUAUGGGCGCGAGUACGCAUGGAUGUUGAACGUCUUCAGCGUGGUGAUGGCGUACAGCAUCACCUGCCCCAUCGUUGUCCCUUUUGGGCUGCUCUACCUGUGCAUGAAGCACGUCACGGACCGCUAUAACAUGUACUACUCCUACGCACCCACCAAACUCAACGAGCAGAUCCACAUGGCUGCCGUCCACCAGGCCGUCUUCGCACCGCUCCUGGGUCUGUUCUGGAUGCUCUUCUUCUCCAUCCUGCGAUUAGGGCCGCUACACGCCAUCACCUUCUUUUCCCUCUCCACCCUUAUUGUUUCCAUGAUACUGGCCUGCGUUGGCACUUUUCUGGGGAAACUUCGGAAAGCAUCUGACUAUGAGCCCGAGGAGGAGAUGGAGACCGUGUUUGACCUGGAGCCCAGCAGCACCUCCUCCACGCCAACUUCCCUUCUGUAUGUGGCCACCGUGCUGCAAGAGCCAGAGAUGAACCUGACCCCAGCCUCCUCCCCAGCCCGGCACACCUACGGCACCAUGAACGGACAGCCGGAAGAGGGAGAAGAGGAGAGUGGUGUGAGGGGCUUUGCAAGGGAGCUGGACUCGGCCCAGUUCCAGGAAGGGCUGGAACUGGAGGGCCAGAGCCAGUACCACUGACCAGGACCCAAGGCCUCCACCUGGCGACGCCAGCCGGGAGUGGCGGCCAGGGGAGAGCCCAGCAGGGGGAGGCAGGAGGGUGGCCUGGACCGCCCCACUACCUCCUGCAGACUUCGGGAAGGCCCCAGCGGAGCCCUGGCUAUCUGUCGGCCACGUGGAGGCCCCGACCUGCUGACCAGCUAGAACGGGAGACGACAGGCAGUAUAGAGGGACCCCAGGAUGGGAUGGAGGAUACCGGCGAGCACCGUGUCUUGGGAGCAGGGGCUGGAGCCCUGAGCACAGAGACUGAAGGCUGGGGGACUUUCCUGGCGUCACGGUGGAGAAGGUUUGCGUCAGGGAAGAGGCAGGAGGAAGCCCACUGAAGACUCUCUGGGGUCUUCGCCACCCUUCCACCAGCUGCCCUGCCCAAGGAGCUUCUGCUGCUGUCCUACCCUCACCCUCACUCCCAGCCCACCCCGCUCCUGCAGUCUGAGGAAGCAAAGGUAUGUAUGCUGGGCCUCGCCAGCAAGACACAGACGGCCACCUCCUCCGGGUUUCCCUG